AUGUCGAAAACUGGUACGAACACCAGGCGGCGAUCGGCAUCAUCCAGCGCCUGGGGUGCAGCGUCGGGAAGUGUGGCAAUUGGCAAUUCGGCGGGAAAUGACACGCAAGAUGCAAGUUCCGUGGCCAUUGGGAUAAGCGCGGGGUCGAUAGCCCAAGGCUAUAGUACCGUGGCCGUUGGUCGGGAAUCUAGCACAACAGACGAGGGUUCGUACGCUGUGGCGGUAGGAUCAAGGGCCGGAAACGACACACAGACAGCGAACGCGGUCGCAAUUGGAAAUAGCGCUGGCAAAACGACCCAGGGUGUAAGUUCCGUGGCUAUAGGUUAUGGAGCGGGGAUGACGAUACAGGGCGAAUAUUGCGUAGCCGUAGGAAUUGAUUCGGGUAAGACAAACCAGAGCAACCAAGACAAACCAGGGUAUAGAUGUGACAGCCCUGGGUCCACACGCGGGGACCACGGACCAGGGACUAUACUCUGUGGCUAUAGGAACAUAAUUUGGUAA